GGGGGAAAUGAUGCGUGCUGCAGUGCCGGUGAGUGUGCGGUGGUGUUUCAGCGCUUAGUUGUUUUACGUUUUUGGAAAACUGCUGAUAAGACUAGCGUGGUGUGACAAGAUGUCGAGUCACACUCUGCUGCUUCUGUAUGGGAGUCAGACGGGCACGGCCCAGGACACGGCCGAACGAAUCGCUCGCCAGGCACAAAGGAGGAGGAUUGAAGUCCGAGUGCAAGCUCUGGACACGUACAAUGUGGCGAAUCUGAUAUCAGAAGCUCUUGUGGUGUUUGUUUGCUCCACCACAGGGCAAGGAGACCCUCCAGACAACAUGAAGAACUUCUGGCGCUUUCUGUUCAGGAAGUCAUUACCCUCAGGAUCUCUGUGUCGCCUGGACUGUGCAGUGCUUGGUCUUGGGGACUCGUCAUAUCCUAAAUUCAACUUUGUGGCUAAGAAGCUGUAUAAGCGUCUGCUGCAGCUUGGUGCUAAUGCGCUACUUCCUGUUGGCCUGGCAGACGAUCAGCAUGAUCUGGGGCCAGAUGGCGUGAUUGAUCCCUGGUUAAAUUUGUUCUGGCAAAAGGCUCUGGCUCUUUAUCCUCCACCAGCUGACUUAAGCCCCUUUCGCGACGAAGAUCCACUUCCUCCUCGUUAUGUUUUCCACUUCCUGGAUGAUACUACAGAGAAGCCGGUUGCGAAGCCCAUGCUAGCAGAUGGCCAGGCCCCGCCCUCUUCAGCCCACCCUUUUCCAGCACGAGUGGUGUCCAAUCAGAGAGUAACAGCCCCUAGUCAUUUCCAGGAUGUGAGGCAUAUCGAGUUUGACAUUACAGGCUCAAACAUCCAGUACAGAGCAGGUGAUGUGGUGAUGAUGAGGCCGUGUAAUUCCCCAGAAGAUGUGGAGGAAUUUUGCCAGCUACUGAGACUCAACCCUGACCGUUACUUCAUGCUCACACCCACAGAUAACAACAUGGCUCCUAUCCCUGUCCGUCUCCCUCAACCGUGCUCCAUCAGGUUCCUGGUGCAGGAGUUUUUGGACAUCGCCGCAGUGCCGCGCCGCUCUUUCUUUGAGUUGCUCGCUACAUUUGCCACUAACGAACUGGAGCGAGAGAAACUGGCUGAGUUCAGCUCAGCGCAGGGUCAAAAUGAGCUGCACAGUUACUGCAGCAGACCACGGCGUACAGCUCUGGAGGUCCUGGCUGACUUCCCUCACACUACAGCUGAGCUGAAUGUGAACUAUCUGCUUGAUUUGUUUCCUGAAAUCCAGCCACGCUCAUUCUCCAUAGCAUCCUCUCUCCUGGCACAUCCUAAUCGAAUCCAGAUCUUGGUAGCAGUAGUGAAGUAUAAAACCAAACUUUACAAGCCACGUAAAGGCCUUUGCUCCUCCUGGCUGGCAUCUCUGGCCUCCUCUCAUGGUGACAUUUGUGUGCCUUUAUGGGUGAAGAAGGGUGGCCUGAAGUUCCCUCAGGACCAUAAGAGCCCUGUGAUAAUGGUAGGACCUGGAACAGGAGUUGCUCCAUUCAGAGCUGCCAUACAGGAGAGAAUAGCUGAGGGGAAAACAGCUAACGUCCUGUUCUUCGGCUGCCGCUCCAAGUCCAAAGACUUCUACUGUUGCGAUGAAUGGGAGCGAAAAAUCCAGGCAGGUCACAUGACCCUGUUCACAGCCUUCUCCAGAGACCAGGAGGAUAAAGUCUAUGUUCAGCACAGAGUAAAGGAACAGGCUAAACUGUUGUGGGACCUGAUUGUGAACAAGAAUGCUUUCUUCUACAUAGCAGGGAAUGCCAAGCAGAUGCCCACAGCAGUGUGUGAUGCACUGAAGGAGGUUUUUCAGCAGGAGGGAGGUGUGACAGAGAGCCAAGCUCAGGAAAUCCUGGACACCAUGGAGAAAACCGGACACUUCCAGAGUGAAACCUGGUCCUGAUCAGCACACAUCCAUAUAGCUUAUAUUAAGGACCAGUAAGACUGAGCACUGCUCAAACAUGUGUGCUGGUGCUAUGCAGCUAAGAACAGUAAUUAUAGAUUUCAAGGACAGAUUGAGGCUUCAUUUUGACUCAAAAGACAAAUUCUCUUGCAGUGGCUGAGGCACUGAUACACACACGUGCAACACGACAAACCAUGAAGAGUCAGGCUUGUCCGUGUUUUAUUGCAAGUGCAGUUUACCUCCUAAGCAGCAGAGGGCUCUAAAGGCUAUUCAAUGCUUGUAAAGAAUAAUUUGAGUAAACAGGAACUGAAAAGUGAAACUCUUUUCCACUGUGCCACCUUGAUACAAACAGCAGUUAUGUUUUUGUUGAGUGUGAAACCUUCAAUUCUGUCAUCUACACAAUUAGACUGUAAUGUAUUUUUAUUAGGUACUGCUGAUCCAGAAGUGGACUGUAAAAGGACCAAGUUAUGCAAAAUAAGCUGCACUAUUUUGACAGUGAUGUAUGUUAUGAAUAAACUCAAAACUGAAAUGAAAA